GAUGUUUACUUUCCGCUUUUCUUCCGCUCAGGUGUUGUCUUUUCACGCCAUGAACCUCAGAUGGGAUUUAAAUUUCUCUCCAAGAUAGCAGUGGCACUCGGCAUAGCUUUAGUUAUCGUAGUACUUUUGGAAUUUGUUUUGUUAAUUUCUUAUGUAAAGGAAACCGAUGCAGAUAUUUUACCAAACGCUGAAGAGUCAUCAAUUAGUUACGAUGGUAUUAAUAAUCAUGUCACGACAGUCCACGAAGCAGUCCCAUCGAAAAGAAAAUCAGAACCUGAAAGGGAACAGAUCAACUAUAAACCGACUAAAAGAAUAUUUACCUCACUCUCUUCUAAUAUCCACGUAAGUUCUGUGAUUUGUGGAGAGCGGUCUGUGGAAGCAACAACAAUGCUCAAGUCAACCACUUUAUUCACAAAUAGAACUAUACAAUUUCAUGUUGUUGCAGAAGAUAACCUUCAUGCUGAACUAAAAAACAUUUUCAGGGAAUGGUCCUCUGUUAAAUCUAGUCAAGUCUUAUUAAAACUUUACUCUUUACACUUUCCUCCUGGAGAAAAUGCUGAGGUGUGGAAACGACUUUUCAAGCCAUGUGCAGCACAAAGAUUAUUUCUUCUGGAUGUUUUGCAUUCUGUUGAUAGUGUCCUGUAUUUAGACACUGAUGUUCUCAUGCUCAGACCAGUGGAAAAUCUUUGGGACCAUUUUAACCAUUUUGAUGAUAAACAGCUUGCCUCAAUGGCUCCAGAGGGUGAAGAAAAAGCACUCUCCUGGUAUCCAAGGUUUGCUCGUCAUCCUUUUUAUGGGAAAAAUGGAAUGAACUCUGGAGUAAUGCUCAUGAACUUGACACGAAUGCGGGAAUUUGACUGGACUAAAAAGAUUCUAGAAGCAUACCAUAAGUACAAACUCAGCAUAACAUGGGGAGACCAAGAUCUCUUGAAUAUUGUCUUCCACGAUCACCCUGAGUUACUAUACACAUAUACAUGUGAUUGGAACUAUCGUCCAGACCACUGCAUGUAUGGAAACAAUUGUGGGCCAGCCAGCAACAAAGGCAUUUCAGUAGUUCAUGGUAACAGAGGGGUAUACCACAAUGACAAGCAACAAUUCUUUAAAGCAAUUUACAUGGCCAUGAAAGACUUUAAACCUGGUGAUGACAGAAAAUUGCUGCUGAAGAGUUUGGAAGGAAAUUUGAAUGCUGUGUCUGACCCUUACUGUGGAGCUAUGACUGAAAGUAUUCUAAAAUAUCCCAGACUUUUUUUAGAUUGAGUAUUUCUUUCACAAGACUUUAAAGUUUCAAAAUAAAAAUGUCUUUUGAUUAUUUUAUGGCAGUGCUAUGAGAACUCUCUGCAAUUUACUUCAACCCCUUCACCCAGAAAAUCUCAUUAUAAAUUCUCUGUACAGUCAUCUAUAUGUUUCUUAAUUUGAGCUCUGAGAAUGUGGUAUUUAAUCAAAUGUAAUACUCUAGUUGAUAUUUUUGUCUUCUUCCCACCUCUUUGCUGGCAAUUUUAUCAAUGACAUCAGGAGAAUCUCAUUUUUGGUCACUCCUGCAGGUGAAAGGGUAAAUAAGACUUCUCAUAUUAUAGUUUUCUCUAGAGUAUGGACCCCCUCCUCUAUAUCUUUGUCAAGUAGGUGAAGAACUUUAGCGCUUAAUAAUGGUAAUUGAACUGAGUGAAGUGCAAUUUGGGCUGAAAUCAUACGUGUGAUUUCAAAAUUGAACAAGCGUGCAGUGCAAGUUUGAUUUGAAAUCACAAGUAUGAUUUCAGACCAAAAUACAUCCAUUUUGAAAUUGCUCAAGUACAGGACUUGGUCAGUUCAAAUAUAUGAUGCACUACUGAGCUGGUGUGAAAUUAAAUUGAUCCGUUUUUUGGUGGGAAAAAGUAA